AAAACCAAGUAGGUACGUAAUAUAUGUUCAAUAUCUAGUUGCCUAUAGGUACAACUAUAAAAGGAAGACAAUAGUGCAAAUAUCUUAAUCAAGCAAAGAAACAAUAUGAAGAAAUAUUGUAUUCCUACUAGUCAAAGUUUGUUAACAUUCUUGUUUUUCUUUUUUGCUUUUGUGGUGUGUUUGAGAGGUGAUGAAAAUGUAGAUGGAAGUAGCAAUGUUGUUCAAGGUUCAACAAAUGCCAACAAUUCCUACAAUAUUACUCGUGAUGUUAUCGAUAAAAAGGAUACGAAUAAGGGAGGUGGAGGAGGAGGAGGUCGUGGUGGUGGUGGACGUUGGUGGGGUGGUGGAGGUGGAGGCGGAGGUGGAAACGAUGGUAAAGGAGGAGGUGGUGGUGGUGGUGGCGGGGGUGGGAGUAAGGGUGGGGGUGGUGGUGGGGGUAUGGGAGGUAGUGGUGGAUGGGGGUGGGGAGGAGGUGGGGGUGGGUGGUGGGCAUGGGGAUGUAGGAAACAAAAAGAGCAUAAUAAUCAUCAUAAACAUUUGCAUAUGAACAAUGAUCAAGAUUACAAAAUAGGUGAAUUUGCACAAUGCAUGGUUAAAAAUAGAUGCAAAGGGAUGCGUUUGGAUUGUCCUCUUCAUUGUGGAGGACCUUGUUAUUAUGAUUGUAGACAUAUGUGCAAAGCUCAUUGUCGUCGUGCCUAAAGGUUUUUCUCGUCAAUUGAAUGAAUCUAUUAAGUCAUCAAGAAUAAUAUAUGUAGCAGCAAGAAUGGUGCACCAAUCACCUAUUUAUGAUUCUCGCUUGAAAGUCAGAACGAACACGUCUGCUGUCUAUUGUACUAAGUUCUUUUUUGCUAUAGUGUGUGGUAUUAAUUUUGCUAGAAAUUAAGUGUAUGGAAAUUUGGUGAACUCGUUGAGAUUGGG